UUCAAUAGAUUGAAUGAAAAAACCAAUGAAACGUGAAAGUCCAAAGGCAGGCAUGGCAGCAAAUCCCAAGCCUCCUCUUCUUUUCCUUCAUGUUGUCUUGCUCUCCAUACUUUUAUUGCAAAUCACAGCAUCACCAGAAGCACAAGCAGAAGCUCUUGUCAAAUGGAAAAACACCCUCGCCGCUCUUCCCCCUAGUUCUCCUCUCACUUCAUGGUCUAUUGCCAACCUCAACAACCUUUGUAACUGGACAAGCAUUGUCUGCGACUCAACCGGAACAGUCUCCGAGAUAACCGUCUCAGGUGCAAAUCUCAGUGGAACACUAGCCCACUUCAACUUCACUCCAUUCCUUAACCUCACCCGCUUCGACCUCAGCCACAACUAUCUCACCGGGCCAAUACCGUCGGAGAUAGGCCGGCUAACGGAACUGCAGUACUUGAGUCUUCCCUUCAACUAUCUCAAUGGGAAAAUCCCAUAUCAGAUUACCAAUCUUCAAAAGGUACACUACUUAGACCUUGGAUCAAACCGCUUACUAAAUCUUGACUGGUCGAAGUUUUUGGCCAUGCCUUUGUUGACCCACCUUUCCUUUUAUGACAAUUAUGGACUCACUUCAGGGUUCCAGGGUUUAUACUUUAUUGUCACAACUUGA